UUAUGCUAAUGUAGCGCUCCACCUCAUAGCGAGGUUUGCGCGUGAAAAGAUGAGACAGACCCGCCCUACUGGUGUGUUACCGAACUGCCCCGUCUCUCCUCCCUCGGCUACAUGAUAUAUACGCGUUCUCUCCUAGCACGACUGCCAACUGUGUAGUAGCCUACUGUCCACAUACAGCGGAGGUCUGAAGGCUACACUCAGCAUCACUGGUCAGACAGCAUCACAGCAAAAUUGAUCAGUCCUUAGUCUUGGUGUGCAUGCAUUGAACGUUAUAAUAACCAUCAACUAGUUUUUUUAGGACAAAAUAACAGUUUUGUAGACUUAGUUUUAUAGCUAGAUAGAUAUUUGUUAAAUUUAUUCUUUACAAUGGAAGGAAACAGGAAAUUAAUCAGUCCCUUUCACCGACCACGGUGCCUGGCGGCGGCGGCGCCUGGGGGGAAAGCCAAAUUAACUCACCCAGGGAAGGCGAUUCUAGCAGGUGGUAUAGCAGGGGGUAUAGAGAUCUGUAUCACCUUCCCUACUGAGUAUGUGAAGACUCAGCUACAGCUGGACGAGAAGGCCAACCCUCCAAAAUACAGGGGCAUCGGUGACUGUGUAAAGCAGACGGUACAAGGUCACGGGGUGAGAGGACUGUACAGAGGACUCAGCUCACUGCUCUACGGAUCCAUACCCAAAUCAGCUGUCAGGUUUGGCGUGUUUGAGUAUCUCAGUAACCAUGCCCGUGAUGAGGCAGGGAAGUUGAACAGCACCAGGGGUCUGUUAUGUGGGCUUGGUGCUGGAGUCAUGGAGGCUGUAGUCAUAGUCUGUCCCAUGGAGACUGUCAAGGUUAAAUUCAUCCACGACCAGUCUUCAGCCAACCCCAAAUACAGAGGCUUCUACCAUGGAGUCAGGGAGAUCAUCAGAACCCAAGGUAUUAAGGGGACGUACCAGGGUCUGACGGCCACCGUCCUGAAGCAGGGCUCCAACCAGGCCAUCCGCUUCUAUGUCAUGACCUCCCUCAGGAACUGGUACAAAGGGGAUAACCCCAAUAAGGCUAUUAACCCUGUGGUGACGGGAACGUUUGGAGCCGUCGCAGGAGCAGCCAGCGUGUUUGGGAACACCCCCCUGGAUGUCAUCAAGACCAGGAUGCAGGGUUUGGAGUCUCAUAAGUACAAGAGUACGCUGGACUGUGCCUUGAAGAUCAUGAGACACGAGGGUGUACGAGCGUUCUAUAAGGGGACGGUUCCUCGGCUGGGUCGUGUGUGCCUGGAUGUGGCCAUCGUCUUCAUCAUCUAUGAGGAGGUGGUCAAGGUUCUCAACACGGUCUGGAAGACGGAGUGAAGGGGCAGAGCUGGAGCCUCUUCUGACCUCACUGGGCCAAACACGAUGUGACUGGACAACUGAGCCUUCUACCAGUCUGCGUCUCAAACAACACCUUAUUCCCUAUAUAUAGUAGUGUGCUACUUUUGACCCAUCAGGCUCCCAUCAGGCUCUGGUCAAAAGUAGGGCAUUGUGUAGGGAAUGGAGUGCCAUUUCAGACGCAUUCUACCCAUAACUGUACUCACCAGCUGAGCUGUAAGCGGAGGGAAAGCUGUCAUAUGAAUAAUAUCUAUUUGGACAUAGCCUACCUAUUUGGAUGCAGUGGUCACAAACCCUGGUCCCAGAGAGCUACAAAGUGUACAGGCUUCUGUUCCAUCCCUGCACUAACACACCUGAUUCUUCCAAACAAGGCCUCCAUGAGUUGAAUGAGGUGUAGCGCUAAACUGGGACAAAAUCCUGCACGUAAUGUCACUCUCCAGGACCUGGACUGAAGAACACUGAAAUAUAUAAUGUUUUUUUUAUUUUUUAUAUCUACAUAAAUUAAUUAAACUAUCAUAAUGAGUUAACUGUAUGGUAGUGGGUACCAUAUCAUCCCGAGUUAAAGCAUAGUGGUUCUGCCUUGACCUGAGGGUCUAGCUACAGUAACAGUUACAGUAGCAACUACAUGAAUUGUAACUUAUACCCACCCUCCUUUUGAGAAUUUAUUACCAACCCUUUUAUGCAAUCAUUUUACUUGUGUGAUAUGAUUUGUAUUUUUAUAAUGCAUAUUAUGGUUGACUAUUAAUGUUUAAUUGCUGAGUAUAUUGUUUUACUAAGUUCCAGAUGCCAAGCCCAUCCAGUAGCAAGCUGCCAAGUUGUGACAAAUUAUACUAAUUAUUGUCACAGUUCUACUGUAAUACCACUCACCCUUUUGGGCUGGCCAUGGCUAACGUCUUUUUCCUCAAGUGAAACGUAUACAUAGAGUAAUAUAUUCUUACCAAGAGAAGAGAAAAAUGGGUAAAUAAUAUAUAUUGAUUCAUAAUAUAUUGAUCAGUCUUUUCAAUGUACUUAUUGAAUGUUGAAUGUGUAGUAACGAGUCUCUGUUUGAGACACGCUGUUAUACUGUGCAGUGUUAUGUAUAGUUCUAACUAGGAAGCGAAUGCUUCAUGGUGUUAACAUUACAGUACUGUAUGGAUUGGGUGGGUGCAAGAGGUCACAGCAUUUUUUUUGUUCCUGUAUGGUAUAUCCACAGAUAGAACAAUGAGACAGAUAUUUCACUGGAUGUAUAAAUAUGAAGCAUCCACUUGGUGUUUCCAUUCACUACCAAAUAUGGUAGUGAGAGAAAGCCCACUGGCGCGCAGUGGUAGAAAAUGGAACGAGAUGGAUUAUGGCCUACAUUCUGCAAAUGUUCUCAUCCGAUGAAACAUUUGAUGUCAAUACAGUUUUCUUUUCCCAAAACUAUAACCUGUUAUGAAUAGAGUUGACUAAGUUUUGUAGACUUUAGCCAUUGUCAAAGUUUUUUAAAAUCGCGUUGUUUAGAAGGAAUGCAAAAGUCAUAUUGGUUAUCACACAAGCGAAUUUCACAGAGUAGGCGUUCCCUAACAGAAAUAUGCAGAUGUUUGCUAGAACGCUAGCUUGUGCUUGGCCCUGCCCACCUCCUUGCUUGUUCUGCCCACUAUGACUCAUAUGUUCCUAUCGGAAACGACAGGCUGUGGUCUCUUGGUUUAGUUAUAAAAAAUCUUUGGUAUAGCACUACUGCUCUCCAUUCGGGAUCAACCAUACAGUAACUCAGGUUCCCAGCUCAGAUUGCCUCCUGCCACAGAUGGUUGCAUUCCAGACAGUUCAGCAUUGUUCUAAGAUGGAAACUUGAGGGAACCUUCCCAUUCCAUUCACACACAUUCAUAUCAUUCUAGAGGCCUUUGUUGUCAAAAUGGCACCACAUGUAACAUAAUCCUUGACAUUAUGUUACAAAUGGUGCCAUUUCGGGGGUUGUUUUAGUUUUAACUUCAUGAGGAAAACAACCAUUUUGAAACCAUUACAAUUUUUUUUUUUUAUCAAUCUCAUCUGGAUUUUCAGGGUCUUGAUCAUAAAGUGUAUUUUGCCACAAUCCUCAAUUGCCAAAUGUUGUAGUCAUGGUAACAUAUGUAACACCAUUCUGAAUCUGCACAAAUAUCUGCCCUGACGAUUGUAGUCAAAUCUAUAACAAGAAAAUAUGGCUUUAUUUAGCAUCGGUGGAAUAGAAAAUGAAACGCAUUACUUUGCUUUUAGAGCCUUUGUGUUGUCAGUAACAGUAUACUGACUGUUUUGACUCUGCUUUUACAUAGUGUUGUAUAUACAACAUGUACUGUAAGGUAUGGGAGGCCUCAGUCUCCUCCUCACCAUAUACUGUCUAAAAUAUCAUAAUCUCACCAUCAAAAUUAAAUGGACGUCAUUACAAAUCUC